CACUGUUGUCUUACGGGGCUCCCGGAAGUUCCGGUAGAGUUGCUAAAGUUCCGACUUUUUGUUGCCUUGCGGCGUCCGGCUCUGCUUACUGCCGAGAGGCAGUCUUAUGAUCCUAUACUAUACCAUAUAGCGGCGGUUGCACUUGGACCGAUAGAUUCAAACAUGCCAAAGAGAUCGGAAGAAGACGAGUCCGAAUGA